AACGUUACGAAGAGACGGUACCAUUUGGCUCCUUUAUUUAUAACUUGUUUGUCAUGCGUUGCGACAUGCGAUGAGAAGAGAGCCAAAUCACAACGCUUCAUCGGAUUUGCCUUAAACAUUUUCUGGUUUAUGUAUGUAUAAUCUUCGGUGAUCGAAGUGUUUCUUUUUCUCUAUUCUGCUCUCACUUCAAAGAUCUGAUUGAUUUGUUCCAUAUCUUUCCAAGUAACCUCUCAAAUUGUUGAUCUUUUGUUUAUUCCGGCAGCAAUGGAGCGGACUCCUGAUGAAGUAGACGUUCCAAGGCCUCGAAGGCAUGGAGAAGAAAGGGAUGUUAUAGCUGAAUGUAGAGCAUACUUUAAGGAAGUGAAAGAUACGUUUCAUGACCAAAGGGAAAAAUAUGAUAUGUUCAUUAGGGUUAUGUCAGAUAUGAGGGCACGAAGGAUUCGUCAUUAUACUGCGUUUGCUCGAUUGAAGGAGUUGUUUAAGGGGCACAACGAAUUAAUUAUCGGAUUUAACACCUUUUUGCCACCUGGAUACAAGAUAACUCUUGAUGAUGACAUAGAAGACUCUUUUAUCUCCACCGCAAGAAACUAUUGAAAUUUCUUGUCAUAGUUUUUUUACUCAAGUGAUACGAUCAAAAUCUCUAAAUUAAUCACUCUGUUCGGUUCUUGAUGGUUUUUCGAGUAUGUUUGCUUUGCCAUGCAUGUGGAAACAUUUCACUAUACAAUAAAGUUUGACCUUUUUC